UCUGUCCAAGCACCACCGACGGGAGAUCGACAUGGCACCGCCAAAGCUUCGCUCGCGCAUACGCCCAUCGCUUACCAGCACGUUGCCAAUACUGUGCCUUCCUCUGUUGCGAUGCGCCCAGACCUCCGGUUCCUCUCUUACUAUCAGUAACGUCCAACAAGAUGCCACCACGCGCACGUCCUCGCCAUCGACCCUUGACUGUUGCUACCGUCUGCGGAACCGCUUCGCUCAUCCUACCCACCGUCACACUCAUCCGCCUUUAUGUCGUCUCGCAGCUGCCCAUAUACUCCAUCCUCUACGCCGGAACGAUUAGCGGCAUCACCUUCCUCUUCUAUGGCUACGACAAGAUGCAGGCGCGUAAUCUGGAGUGGAGGGUGAAAGAGGUGACGUUGCAUACACUGGCGGCGGUAGGGGGAUGGCCGGGUGGGCUGGUGGGUAUGCACUACUUCCAGCAUAAGACACGCAAGGUGAGGUUUCAGGUUGUGUUCUGGGGGAUCGUCCUGUGCUGGGAGGGUGUCGCCUGGUUGGUAUGGAGCGGUGGGAUACAGGUGGGAUGAUGAGUCAAAUGGAACAAGUCUUUCGACAGAAUACGGAAAAGAUUUAUUAAAGGUUGGAGAUGAUUACACAAGAGUCGUGACGGUCAUGAGGUUGUAGCCCACGUCUGCCGAAGGGGUAACAAGGAAAAGGCUGCAGUCAAGAAGCCACAAAGGUACCACCAAACGCCUACCGAGGGGAUGUCCAAUAUCGCCUUUCCGUUAUCGUAUCGCUAUUCU